AAGGACAGCGGCACAUGGUUCAUGUUCUCAUUGCACCUCAACAUGCAGCGAUGUUGCGCAAUCAGCCACAAGAAUAUGCAUUAACAGCCUCAGCCACGGCGGGCCGAUCUCGAUGUUGUCACUCUGUUCAAAACAUAGCUGCCGUGCAGCGAUAAGCGCAACAAGACUCAUCAUUCGCAUGAAUUGAGCGAUGGGGCUUCCCAAUUGCAUGCUCAACACAUGAUAUGUCAUUGAACUCGGCCGAUUGGUCCUGAUAUAAAAGACCUGCUGUGGUUGGUGAAGAAUAAACGUUGAUACUUACGUUCUCUGCUUCUUCGAAACAAUGGCUCCUUCUGUCUCUGACAUCGCUAGCAACGCCGCUGAGCAGGUGUCGAAUGGCUUGUCCAAGCUCAAUCUCAAGGAGACGAAGCAGGAGGAAAAGCCACAAGACAAGGGACCUUCGUACCCUUUCUACUACCCGUAUUUCGAUGCGGCUGAGAAGUUCCCACCCACUGAACUCUUUGAACACACCGACCCCGGCUUGCGGGCUGACCCGAAGAAGCCAAACCUCCUGGGUCCCAACACCAAGGUCCACCACAUCAGCCCAUACUUGGGCACCGAGAUCACCGGUGUACAGCUCUCUCAGCUCAACGAAGCCGGUCUCGAUGAGCUUGCUUUGUAUACUGCCGAACGCAAGGUCGUAGUCUUCCGCGACCAGGACUUCAAGGACAUCGGUCCCGACAAGCAGAUUGCACUGACCAAGCGGUACGGACCUAUCCAGAGGCAUCCCACGUCUGGAAACGUGAAGGGGUACCCCGAGUUCCACGUUGUCUAUCGUGACGCGGAGAACGACCGGUUCAAAGAAUAUCUUGGUGACAACCGAGCAAACAAGACGAGCUGGCAUUCAGACGUUUCAUACGAGAGGCAGCCACCCGGCACCACUUUCUUCUUCAUUCUCGACCAACCUCCCGUCGGCGGUGAUACUCUCUUCGCUUCACAAGUCGAGGCAUACAACCGCCUCUCCGACGGAUUCAAGAAACGUCUCGAGGGUUUACGUGCCGUUCACUCUGCCGUUGCUCAGGCAGAACACUCGAGGCAGCGGGGUGGCCCAGUCCGUCGUGAACCUGUUGAGAGCGAGCAUCCUGUCGUCCGUGUACAUCCCGUUACGGGGGAAAAGGCCCUGUUCGUAAACCCAGGCUUCACCAGACGCAUCGUCGGCUUCAAGGACGAAGAGUCUGAGUGGUUGUUGAAGUUCCUCUUCGACCACAUCACCAAGGGUGCCGACUUCAGUAUUCGCGCGGCCUGGCAACCUGGGACAGUUGUCAUUUGGGUACGUGCAAUCCCGUUAUCUUUGGCAAUGCGGAGCCAGGCUGGCUGUAACGAUCAUACAGGAUAACCGCGUUUCAAUCCAUUCUGCUACGCCUGAUUUCGAUAAAAACUUGAGGCGGCAUGCAGUUCGUUUGACUCCUCAGGCUGAGGUUCCUAUUCCUGCUUGAUUAUCGGGGAAGUGUGAUGGCCAUUUCUCGGAUUGCCGGUGUCUUUGUAUCACAGAUGUUGUAAAGUUGUAGACUAUUAGGACAAGGAAAAUACAUUUGUCCUUCGCAGUGUACUCUACUGAAGCCGAUGUCCGGGGUAAAAGUCAUAUAUAAAGUCCUG